UCGGUCAUUAAUGUUUUUGCUUAAAUUGUUAAGCAAUUAGUGAGUGGUGUUUAAUUGUGUUUGGUGUUCAUAAAAAUCAAAUAAUUUUGGAUCGAUGAACUGCGGCUGCUCUUAUUGACCACUUCCUUUCUCCAAUCCCUAUCUAAAUAUUCAGUAAAAUGGGUGGAGGAAUAAUCCACCAGCUUUUAAGAAGGAAACUUCAGUCACGCUCUGCUGCUGCUCCUUUUUCAUCUAUCUUCGCUUCGAAGAAAGUUCCUGAUGAUGCUGGAUCUGUCGGUUCAAAGUCUUUUAAAACAUUUGCACUCAUCGGGGCUGGUCUUUCAGGGUUUCUGAGUUUUGCAACCAUAGCUUCAGCUGAUGAGGCAGAACAUGGCUUAGAGUGUCCAAGCUAUCCAUGGCCUCACAAAGGCAUUUUGAGUUCAUAUGAUCAUGCUUCGAUUCGCCGUGGUCACCAAGUUUACCAGGAAGUCUGUGCAUCUUGUCACUCCAUGUCCCUGAUAUCAUACCGUGAUUUAGUGGGUGUUGCAUUUACAGAAGAGGAGGUGAAAGCUAUGGCAGCUGAGAUUGAGGUAGUUGAUGGGCCUAAUGAUGAGGGUGAGAUGUUUACCCGUCCUGGUAAACUCAGUGAUCGUCUUCCUCAGCCAUAUGCUAAUGAACAAGCUGCUAGAUUUGCUAAUGGAGGUGCCUAUCCUCCAGAUCUUAGUCUUAUCACAAAAGCUCGUCACAAUGGUCAGAACUAUGUAUUCGCUCUGUUAACUGGUUAUCGUGAUCCUCCUGCUGGCGUUCAGAUUAGAGAGGGGUUACAUUAUAAUCCCUACUUCCCUGGAGGAGCUAUUGCCAUGCCUAAAAUGUUGAAUGAUGGUGCUGUUGAGUACGAAGAUGGUACCCCUGCAACUGAAGCACAGAUGGGGAAAGAUGUUGUGUCAUUUUUAACAUGGGCAGCAGAACCAGAAAUGGAAGAAAGGAAAUUGAUGGGUUUUAAGUGGAUCUUUGUACUCUCAUUGGCAUUGCUUCAAGCCGGAUAUUACCGGCGCAUGAGGUGGUCAGUGCUCAAGUCACGGAAGCUUAUUGUUGACGUAGUCAACUAAAAGCUUCCAGUUUGUUUCAGACUCAGAAUUGCCAAAUAGUUAGUCAUAUAAAUUGGCUUCCGAUAUGGAAAAUCGGUGGACAAUUGUAAUGGUGAUGGAGUGAUCUGAAGAAUCCUUUUUGUUCGUUUUUUGUUGAAUUGAGGAAGAAAAUAAGGUACUCCAUUUACGCAACGCAUUGUUGUGUGGCUCGCAUAAUUUUUUUUGGUUAGAUUCCUUUUUUUAAUUUUAUUACAAAUCUGAAGUCAUAUAUUCUUCUGCUUAGCUUGCUAUUGCUCCACAUUUUGUGCAAAGUUGAUAAAAUCAUGUAUUGAAAGGUAAGCCUAUGUACCUGACUUUUGUUAUGUCAUUUUAGCUAAACAUGUUCAAUAAGUUAAUGGUUGAGAUUAAUAGCAGAAAUUUUCACUUGGCUGCA